AACGAGAUAGCGUGCAAUGUGCAUUAUCAAAUGAUUUCUAGUUUACAUUGUUUUAAAGGCGUCGCCAUACACCGACACGCUAGUCAUCGAAAAUUUUCCAUUAGGAAGACGAGCGGCGUGUGAGAACGGAAAAGUUCGUUUACCGCCAAUUAUGCAAGCACUCCAGUCUCCCAAUCAGUCAUCACACAAUUAUUGUUUUCGUCUUAUCAGAUCGCCAUGGCCACGGCACACGUGCGUUUGGUGAAACGGGCAAUGUGUGUAUCAAUACACUUCAUGGAUAUAUCUCGGUAUUCCGUCCGCCAUCACCGAUAAAAUGCUGAUGUUAUGGCCCCUAAAAAAAGUUGCCAUUGUUACGCUACUGGCAGCCUCUUGCACGGGAAUCUUUCUGUACACGGUGAACAGCAUUCUCAGAACAGAACCAGAUAUCUUGGCUGAUGCUGGAUUAACCCCGGGUGGCACCAACCGUCAGUUGUACUCAUCUCUUUCCAGCAGCCAGGAAGAAAGAUUCGACAAUGAUCUGCAUGAUUACCUGGAUGAUGCGGUUUUUUCCUCAUCCGACAGUCUCAACCGCACAGUGCAUUUCGUUAAGAUCUAUUCCAGUGCGCCUAAUAAAGCGUCCAACAGCUCAUGCUGGGUGGAAUGUCUGAGCCUGUUGUCAGUGAUGUUGUACAUUAAUCCAGAGUAUGUGUAUUUACAUACGAAUUACCCGGAUUUCUGGCCAUUCGAGCCGUGCCAGGCGACCAUUACAAAAUGGCCGAAAUUACGGAUUGUUCCCGUGCAGAGACGGUUUAUUAUGGGAGGGAAAGUCAUUACAUUUAUCGAGCACCAAGCGGAUAUGGUUAAGUUGUAUUCGGUGUACAAAUACGGUGGGAUUGCCAUGGAUUUUGAUGUGUUCCUUUUGCCGCGUCUUAAAGAUUUGCUACCGACAAUUCAGAGCAAGUAUGAAUGUAUCGUGUCCAAGGAAUACUCCUAUCUCAAUUUGGGUUUAAUCGGUUGUCGAAAGGACUCGGAAUACAUUGCCGAAAUCUUGGAUAAAUACGUCACAGACUACCGACCAAGCGAAUGGGUGUACAACUCCGGACGAACACCAUGGAAAAUCUACUAUACCGGCAAAUAUCAAGAGCGGGUGUAUGUAGACGAUGAAAUCUCCAAUAAACCGGAUUACGACCGACGGAAUGUCAUGUUGCAACAACGUGGCAUCAUCAACUGGAUGCAGAAAACUGGAUUCCAUUCGUACGCGCAUGCAUCGCCCUUCAGUAUGUGCUCGUUAACAGAGUUAACGUUGCCGGCGAUGAAAAGUAGCUUUGCGGACAUGUUAUUGUUUAUCUUAAACGACGGUAGACUAGCCGGUUUAGUCGACCGUCCAGUUACAACAGCCCCACUAAUGUACAAAAAAACGGUGCUGGAGAAUCUCGUUUUCUAGAUUACCGGUGUUAACUCAGAAAUUUUUAUUUCACCUGCAUGCCAGGUGUGAAACAGAAAUUGUUUAUUCCUGUCUG